AGAGAGAGAGAGAGAGAAGGAGAUUGGAUAUGCACUUGACUGCCGCCUCGCUUCCGAUCUAGGAAAUAAAAAGUUUCAAUAAACAAAGUCGGUGAAGGAAGGACAGUAAAAAUUAAGGACCGUUGCUCUGAGAAAGGAAACCAGUUAAAGCAGAAAGGAAAAGGGUAAAAAAAAAAAAAAAUACGGACUCUGUUAUUGUCUCUGGAUUUCUAUACGCUAUUUAAAUAAGUUUUAUUCCAAAUGUUUAUUGAGCAGGUUUUCUAAAUUAGGUAUUCAGUACGUUACCGUCUCACGGUCAUCGCGAUUAUGAUACAUUUUCAUUCAGAUUUAUUCAUAGAUAUCAUUAUCAAAGGCACUUAAAAAUAAUACACGCUGUGGAGGAAUAGAGAACAUAGCUUUAUUGAUUAUUUUUGUCUUGUUAAGUAAAAGGUUUUCGGAGGAACUCAAAUUGGAUGUUUGUUUCUUUGGACAUGCAUUAACACAAUCUUUUUAUUGUCGCUUGCAACAUUGUUCACAUAAUGCAUGGUAUGAACUUUUGAACAAGGAUAAUAACACAUGUAAUAUACUAACAAGAACUUCACUUUUUAUGACUACAUGGCAAAAGCAAUCAACUUACACAUGGCACCUGUCCCUGGAGGACCCGGGUUCAAGUCCCGCCCGCCGAUACAAGCUGACUAUAUUCAGUCAUCGAGUCGCUUAAAUCUACCUGUAUGCUGUCCUGAACACGUUCCAUCAACCCGGACUCUAACGGAACUCUCUAGAGUGGAGCGAAGACGAGUUCCAGAUGGGCAGCAUGAGUCAAGCAAGCAACACUUGUCUGCACCACCAAUGGGUAGGGUCCGACCAACAGGCGCCAAACAUAAAAAAAUAAAUAAUUGCCAAGACAAUCAUGACACCGAAAUAAACUUGGAGCAGUUUGAGAGUUAGUCAGCAUAUCAAACGCAUAACAGCUGUCAAAAGGUGCAGAAGAAGGACGUUUUGCUUCCUAUCACCGUUUUAGUCCUAUUUCAUGUUCCGGUGUGGUGCUUUUGAAAUCUUUGGCAGCAAUACCACUCGUUCCAUUGCUCAUCAGGUGGAAGUAAUCUAAACUAAUAGGAGCCUUAUUUUUGGAGUGCGUAGGUCUUUUUUUGUCGAUAUUAAUAUUUUUAGAACCUUGACUCAUUUUAUAUUAUAUGGCUUUUCGCAUGCCCUAGAUCAGACGAUUAUAAUAUUAUAGAUGUCAAAAAUUACAAUGUUGUGCAAAUAGUAUAAUCUUCAGAAAAGUUUGAUACAGCAAAGACACGACAUACAACUUUAACUACACAACUAAUCCUCGUGUGCAGCAACUACAGCGAAGGUCCCGAUAAGUAGCACCGAUUGGACAACAAAGCCGUGGAUCAUAGGUACUACCUAGCCACAGGCACCAGGUGAGGAAACCCAAGAAAUUUAUUCUCACCUGGGGUCAAUGGCGAGUUGCUCACUGACAUGACCUGACCUACAGUGUCCAGAGCAGGAGGAAGGAGGGAGAACAACAGUGGUGAGAAUCGACCACUCCUGCCUAUAUCCUCCCACCCCCCGUCCCACCUUUACUACUGACACUUUCGGGUUUGCAUGCAUGCAUGAUAUAUUGCUGCAUGAUUUUAUUACUGCCUUCCAGUUUGACCUUAACCUCCCGAGUCAGUAUAGACAAGUACUUUGUUAGAAAAAAAAGCAGUGUUUUCUUAUGGUUAGGUGUCUCUCCCUUGAGUUGUAUAUAAAGAUAGCAUUUUUAAAUUUCAAGCGGACCGCCCGAAGCCUCUCCCUACGACCAGCGCCUCGCCAGGAAAAACGCGAGAGAGAAGGAGAAAGAGGCCGCCGCCAUGUUUGAGAGCGCCCACAUCUUCCAGGAGUACACCUACAAAAAGAUCACCGCCUGUGAUGUAUGCCACCAGAUCCUGAGAGGUCACUCUCGUCAGGGUAUCAAGUGUCGCAUGUGCAAGACCAACGUACAUGUAGAGUGCCAGGACCAGGUAGCGAAAUGCCAACCCAAGUCGCGUCUGCUCCGUCGUCAGCGCUCCACCUCCGAGAUCGAGUCCAAACAAAUGGAAGGCGGGGAUGACGACACGGACCCCAGUAUCACCUUCAGCUCCCUUAUCGCCAGCCAGCCGGCAAGGCGAGGCGCUGAGCCGCCCUCCACCAGUGCCACUACCGAGAUCCAAAUAGACAAGACAGAGAAGACAGAGGAAGUCGACCUGAUAUACCAGGUUCUCAAACAAGCAGGGGAUCUAGGUGGGCGGCGAAGUACUCACGGGUCCAUGGAGCGAGAUCUUGGGCGGGACCUGGGUCGUGAUCUCGGGCGUGACCUAGGGGGCUCAGCCGCUUCCUCAGGAUCAGGGAGCGCAACAUCCCUCCACAGACGACACCCACGACCCACUAAUACAGGCUCCACCCUCACCGUGAACCCAGCUCCUGUGGCCUCCUGCUCAGGUAAGUCAGCAGCGGUAGGAGGAGCAGAGGCGGCAGCAGAAGCAGGAGAGGGAUGUUUAGACCAGGAUGGGAUGACGGCAGCAUCCGUGAGGAGGAGACUGUUUGGCAAGAAGAAGUCCCAAUCAGAAGGGACGGAACCGCCAGUCCCACACGGUACCCGAAAGACACAUUAGCACACAAACUGCGGAUAUCCAGCGCUAGUCACCCCUCCUUACUGAUAGCUUGAGCCCGGACUUCUAACCGCAUUAUCACUGCAGUUUUUAUACUCCUUAAAUAUCUGGGAGGCGUUGGGGACUUGGUGGUUAGCCUCGUGUGAUGACCUUUGCCUUUCAGCUAAUAAAACUUUAUCUUAUUUGAUCUCCCACUGAGAAUAAUCUUGAAAAUCGAAUUGAAAUUCACGGACUUAAAAAAAUGAAAUAGUAGAUUGCUUACACGUCGAAAUAAUUUUAUUUAAAAAAUCUUUCAGAGUAUUAAUUUGGAACUUUUUUGUCAGAAGUACAUUAUUGUGAGCACAUCCAUGUGUCCAUACAAUGAUUUAUUUAAUUAAUGAAGUAAUCUAAAUGACAUAUAUUUUGAGUUUUCGAUCUUAAAUGCAUCAUUAUCAAUAGAGGAAAGUAAAAGGCAGUGGCCAUCCCUCGAGGUCACUGUUCACCUGGUCACCAGCCUUCGGUUAAAACCUCACGCAAUAUUUUCUUCGGGUCACUCUGAGGGUCGCCUCUGAGCCUGGCAUGCCUCACCACCCCCGGCCAGCCUGCUCCGGGGCCUUCUGGCUUUUUGCCUCCCACGAUACUCUAACUACUAUUUCUCUAUUCACGUCAAGUACUCCUGUUACUUUGCUGUUUCAUCAGUUUUAUUGACUUUUAGCGAUUAGUAGUUUCCCAGCCUAUACCUCUGGGACCAAGCUUUUUUUUUACAAAUAACUUUCCCAAGCUACCACCCUUAUCCCCCCAUGUAUAAUUGCCCCUUGGUCUAUUGAUAUC